CGUAUUCUAAAGUCUAUCGUUUAGUGCUUUUAAUGUGCUUGUUAUUUUGGCGGUUGUAUUUUCUUAGUUUCUACCUUCUCUACCUGCUGAACAUUUCCGCCUGGCAAAUAAACACCGCGAGGCGUUGCAAUCCAAUAAGGCGGAAUCUCUCCAAGAGAUAAUCGACCAGUAUUUUUUAAAUAAUAUAUUUACUUUGAUAUUCGGCUUAGCUCUUACCUCUUACUCGAUAUUUGUCCAGAUUGUGAAACGUCUUGGCGAUCCUAGGGAGGACCUCUCUUCCCUUUCUGAUAGACAACUUUCUGUUUUGCUUUCUACUUUUGGAAAGGCAUGUGAAGCACAGAGCUGUUUGCAUCGGGCGAUUUUUUUGGAUCGGGCCGUGCAGGCUCUACAAGAAAGAGGAGUUACCCUUGGUCCUCUUUCUCGAAAUGCUAUUUUAUCGGCGCGUGUUGACAAUGGCGAGAACAUCAGCGUUAUCGAUGAACUCAAAUCCUGGGAGACUGAGAACUUGUCACCCAACGUUGUAACUUUCGGUUGUUUAUCGAAAAUCUAUGCGGAAAAGGCAAACACUCAAGGAAUUUUGGAUAUAAUUAAUCAUAUGAAAGCCAACGAUGUGCCAGUAUCAGAAACGGUGUUAGAGUCGCUCAUUUAUUCAGUUGCCAAGAAUGGACACUACAGCAGUGCUGAAUCUCUUGCUAAGGUAUUCCGGUGUAGUACUUUUUCCUUUAAAUCAUCCGUUCAGAAGCUGCUUCUUCCUCGAAGUGAUUUUUCUGUUGUCGUAAACACUAUCGCUUCCAUUCCAAGUACUGCAAAACUGAAUCAAGUGUCAAACAAUACUUAUAUAUUAGAUGUUUUAUUUGAGAUGUUGGAUGCGGGGCAAAUGGAUGCCAUUGAAAAGCUAUCUCCAUAUUUGACAAUGUCGUCUGAAGGACCGUAUUUGGCUGAAUGGCACGUGAACCCGAAAGUUCUGGCGCGGGCACGUCUCGCUUGCACAGAAGGAAAACUUCACUCUGCUGUUAAGCUGUACACACUGUUGCAUCCAAAAUUUAAAAACAGGUUUUUUUUACCCACAAUCUUCCUUUUUUCUCUCGUGGAUUUCACCACUCAUGCCUUUCUCCGGAUUUGCGACAUCAUUGCGAGCUUACGGUCGAAUGGUACUCUUGAGAAAUGCCUUUCAGAGAAACCUUCACUAAGGAAAAGUCUUGCACGUGGACUGAGUGAUAAGGUUAGGUUAUAA